AUGGAAGGUCUAUGGCGACCGUUGGCAAUAGCCUCUCUAAUACUAAUCCUCGUAGCUGCAGUCUACGGUGGUGACGAUGAUCAGGCACUUUGUUCCGGCAGGGAUGAUUUCAGCUACGUGAGAAAUCCGGAGUUUUGUGCCCGAUAUUUCAUUUGCAUUUUCGGUUUCGCUUAUCCGUUGCGAUGUAGCGGAUUGUUGUGGUUCGAUGAGACGACCCAGAGUUGUAGGAACGCUACGUUGGUGAGCUGUGACCUGGAAGAUGGACCGAGUACACCGGCUCCAACGCCAGGUAUUUGCGAGGGUGCUAGGGACAGUGAGCUGGUGUUGCAUCCCGGGUUUUGUAAUACCUACUAUUUAUGCAUUGGGGAAGUUGGAACGGCUGUGGUUUGCCCCUUUGGAAUGUGGUUCGAUCAGGAAAGGGGGAUUUGUGCGGACGCUAGAGAUGUGAGCUGUCCUCAUGGGCCAACCGGGGCAGCACGAUGUCGAUUGGAGGAAAAUUUCGAGCUAGUACCGAGUGAAGAAUAUUGCUAUCGGUUUUAUCAGUGCGUCAACGGAUUUCCUUAUCCGAUGAUUUGUCCAGAUAAAAUGUGGUUUGAUGAAGAUAGGGAUGUCUGUGAUUGGGAAGAUAACGUCGAGUGUAGUGCUGAUCCGGGUGAAUCGGUUCGACCUCCUACAGCCGAUAUUUGUGCUUUCACUCCAAACGGAUUGCAGAGGGCUAAUCCGACAGCGUGCAAUAAAUUUUAUGUGUGUGUUGGGCAAGUUGGGUGGCCUUUUGUUUGCCCUAGAAAUCUUUGGUAUGAUUCAGUUGCACAAGCUUGUGUAACAUCAGCGACAACCAACUGCCCUUUGGGCCCUGAAAUACCUCCACCGACAGUAACGACUCCAUUCACGCGUUGCGAAGACGUACCAAAUCUGUCUUUUGUAGCUAGCGACGAAUUCUGCUACCAAUACUUCCAGUGCAGAAAUGGAGUUCCGUUCCGUUUAGUUUGUCCAGUUGGACUGUGGUUUUCAUUGGAGGCUCAACGCUGCUUAGACCGUGAUCAAGUGGAUUGUGAACUAGAACAUCCACCUCAAACUUCUGACCCUACACCGGGUAUUUGUUCCGGUAUAACGGAUGGUGUUCUCGUAGAACAUCCGCUACACUGCAACCAGUAUUAUUUGUGCGUCAAUAACAAUGGGAUUCCGACUCUCUGCCCUGUUGGUCUGUGGUUUAAUGAAAAAACCCAAUCCUGUGAUAACCCACUGUUUGUGGACUGCCCGCAUGCACCAGUGACACCCGCACCAGACCCGUUUGCCAUUUGCAAUAACGUGUUUGACUACCGAUUCGUGAGAAGCGAAUACUAUUGCUACCGGUACUUCCAAUGUAUUCGAGGCACACCGUACCCCCUCGUUUGCCAGGAAGGUUUAUGGUUCGACAUACAAAGGCAAAUUUGUGAUAGCCCUACAAAUGUUCAGUGUGAUGCUAUUGAACCUCCCGUCACUCGACCGCCGAAUUUUGAUGGAGCUUGUGAAGGCGUUCCCGAUGGACGUCUGGUUCCGCAUCCCGGUUUCUGCAAUGAAUACUUCCUGUGUGUUCGCGAAACUGGUUGGCCAUUGAUUUGCCCAGUUGGACUGUGGUUUGACUUUUUUGGUCAAACCUGCUCUUUAGCUGGAACUGUAGGCUGUGAUGCAGCACCGGUUCGACCGACACCCGAAGUGGAUCGCUACGCAGUUUGCCAAGGAAUCCCCGACAAUGCCUACGUCCGCGAUCCGAACUUUUGCUACCGUUACUUCAAGUGUGUUAGUGGUUCACCUUUCCCGAUGAUCUGUCCUAACGAGCAGCGUUUUGAUGAGCGUCAACAGCGCUGUAGACCUGCUGCGGAUGUUGAGUGCCCUGUUGAAAAUGAACCUCCGCGACCUCCAGCUACACCCGGUAUUUGCAACGGUGUUCCCAAUGCUAUACAGGUAGCAAACCCAAGGGCUUGUAAUCAGUUCUACACCUGCGUGAAUCAGGUAGGAUUCCCGCAAGUAUGCGGGCCAGGUCUGUGGUUUGAUGAAGCGCAACAGACGUGCUCACCACCGGAGAUUACCAUGUGUGAUCUUGGUCCUCCGAUUACCACCACACAAGCUCCACAUCCCUGGGCGCUUUGUGACGAUGUUCCAAACUAUUCGUUUGUCCCAAGCCCUAACUACUGCUACCGGUUCUUCCAAUGUAUUGAGGGAGCACCAUACCCUAUGAUUUGUCCCGGUAACCUAUGGUUCGAUCGUGAUCGACAGAUGUGUGCUGACCCUGAUGACGUUUGGUGCCUCGUGAAUCCGAAUCCACCGGUUGUCCCUCCAACGCCCGGAAUUUGUAACGGAGUAGCUGACGGACGUCAGGUGUUGAACCCACGAGCCUGCAACCAUUUCUACAUGUGCGUCGAUCAGGUUGGGUACCCUCUGGUAUGCCCGGCCAACCUUUGGUUCGACGAAGAACAACAAAUUUGCUCCCCACCCGGUAGUGCCUACUGUCCACUGUCUCCUCAAACAACGACUCCAUCGCCGUACGAACGCUGUCAGGGAGUCCCAGACUACGGAAUGGUGCGAAGCGAUUUCUACUGUUACCGGUUCUUCCAGUGUAUCGAUGGAGCGCCGUAUCCUAUGAUAUGCCGACCAGGCCUCUGGUUCGACUUGGAACGGCAGAUGUGUGACCUGAGUAACAACGUUCAGUGUGAUCUACGACCAGGUGACGAGGAACCAAUUAUUCCUUCACCCAACAUUUGUGUGGACAUUCCCGACGGUAGAUUGCAACGGAACUGGAACUUUUGUAAUCAGUACUACCUAUGCGUAUCGGAGGUUGCCUUUCCGCUAAUUUGCCCCGACGGACUGUGGUUCGAUCAGAACAAUCAAGUGUGUGACCUUCCGGAGAAUUCCUUCUGCCCUUUGGGGUCUCCAACACCUCCACCGCCUACCGAUGAUCGCUGUGCCGGCGUGGAUGACCUCGCAUUGCUAGGGGAUGACGAGUUCUGCUACCGCUACUUCCAAUGUCGAAGCGGAAUUGCCUACCCGUUGACCUGCAAUGUGCUGGAGUGGUUCUCCGAGGAAACCCAGAGUUGUACUCUGUGGCUCAACGUCCAAUGCGAUGGAGAAGAUCAUCCGACCGAGAAUCCCCCAACGGAAGGCAUCUGUGAAGGUGUUCCAAGUGGAAUUCAGGUCCAGCACCCCGAGUUCUGUAACCAGUUCUACGUUUGCAAUAACAACCAAGCCUUCCGAGUGCUCUGCCCUCCGGGACUUUGGUUCCACGAACCGGAUCAGACCUGUUCCAGUCCGAGGGAUGCAGAUUGUCCACACGGACUCUCGCCUACGGUUUCGCCCGUUGAAGAUGUGUGCGUAGGAGUGGCCGAUGGAGUUCGGGUGCCGGAUCCUCGGGAUUGUUCGUGGUUCUUCACUUGUUUUGGGGAGAGUGGUUUCGCAGAACCAUGUCCGGAGGGUCAACUGUUUGACGGUUAUCUGCUACGCUGUGUCUCCGCCGAGGAAGCCCAGUGCCCGGACACGGUUGUGACGAAAUCAACUCUAGUUCGAUAG